AUGGAUAGGCUGAAACAGAAGCGAAAAGCCCUGCGUUCACAGGUAACAAAGCUGCUGACAGAAAUCGAUACAGCUACCCAAACCGAAGUGCCGAUUGAGGAAGAGCUCAACGUCUUACUGACUCGUCUCAACGCGCUACAUGGUCAGCUUACCGAAACGGACUCUGCCCUCGAACCAUUGUUGCCAGCAAGUGACAUCGAACAAGAGUAUGCUCGGACCGUCGAGUACAGCGAUCGUAUCGUCACCUACUCGGCAAGACUGACGUUCAAGGUGCGGACCCUACACGAGAGAGCGAGUACAAGCGGUCAAGAAAUCCCAACAAACCACCGCAGUCCCACUUUGUCAGUCAAGGUCAAUUUACCAAAACUUGAACUCUUGAAAUUCAACGGACAACGUCAACAAUGGCAGCCCUUCUGGGAGCACUUCGAGCAGGUCAUCCAUGGUAACCCAGAACUGUCAUCAGCCGAGAAGUUCCACUACCUCAGAUCGGCGUUGUCGGGAGAGGCUGCUGCAGCGAUUGCCGGAUUUCCACCAACGGCCAGCUGUUAUGAAGAUGCGCGGGAGAUCAUAAAGUCCCGUUACGGCGACGAGGCGCUGCUAGUAGAUGACCACAUGAUGAAACUAGCAGAACGGCAGCCAGUUCGAACCUCGUAA